UAGCCUGCUAAACAAGUGUCCAGCUUCCACAAUGCCUGUGCAGGCAGCUCAGUGGACAGAAUUUCUGUCCUGCCCAAUCUGCUACAACGAGUUUGAUGAGAAUGUGCACAAACCCAUCAGCUUAGGUUGCUCUCACACUGUCUGUAAGACCUGCCUGAACAAGCUUCAUCGCAAGGCAUGUCCUUUCGACCAGACUGCCAUCAAUACAGACAUCGAUGUGCUUCCUGUAAACUUUGCACUCCUCCAGUUAGUUGGAGCCCAGGUACCUGAUCAUCAGACAGUAAAGUUGAGCAAUGUAGGAGAGAACAAACAUUAUGAAGUAGCAAAGAAAUGUGUUGAGGAUUUGGCACUCUACUUAAAACCAUUAAGUGGAGGAAAAGGUGUUGCAAGCUUGAAUCAGAGUGCACUGAGCCGUCCAAUGCAAAGGAAGCUUGUGACGCUGGUGAACUGUCAGCUGGUGGAGGAAGAGGGUCGGGUUAGAGCCAUGAGGGCGGCUCGAUCGCUGGGAGAGAGAACCGUUACAGAACUGAUCCUGCAGCACCAAAAUCCUCAGCAGCUUUCUGCCAAUCUUUGGGCUGCUGUCAGGGCACGAGGAUGCCAGUUUCUAGGACCAGCUAUGCAAGAGGAGGCACUGAAACUUGUAUUACUGGCACUGGAAGAUGGCUCCGCACUCUCGAGAAAAGUUCUGGUACUUUUUGUUGUACAAAGGCUAGAACCAAGAUUUCCUCAGGCCUCUAAAACGAGCAUUGGUCACGUUGUGCAGCUACUGUAUAGAGCAUCAUGCUUUAAGGUCACUAAAAGGGAUGAAGAUUCUUCUCUGAUGCAACUUAAAGAGGAGUUUCGGAGUUACGAGGCUUUGCGGAGAGAGCACGAUGCUCAGAUUGUUCACAUUGCCAUGGAAGCGGGACUUCGAAUAUCGCCAGAACAAUGGUCUUCCCUUCUUUACGGUGACUUGGCACAUAAGUCACACAUGCAAUCCAUUAUUGACAAGCUCCAAUCUCCAGAAUCUUUUGCAAAGAGUGUACAAGAAUUGACAAUUGUCUUGCAGCGCACAGGGGAUCCUGCAAACUUAAACAGGCUGAGGCCUCAUUUAGAGCUGCUGGCAAACAUAGAUCCAAAUCCAGAUGCAGCGUCUCCAACAUGGGAGCAGCUUGAAAAUGCGAUGGUCGCUGUAAAGACUGUGGUACAUGGGCUUGUGGAUUUCAUUCAGAAUUACAGUAGAAAAGGCCAUGAAACUCCACAGCCACAACCAAACAGCAAAUAUAAAACAAGUAUGUGCAGAGACCUUCGACAGCAAGGGGGAUGUCCAAGAGGAACAAACUGUACAUUUGCUCAUUCUCAGGAAGAGCUUGAAAAAUACCGCUUGAGGAACAAAAAAAUUAGUGCGACAGUGAGAACGUUCCCCCUGCUAAAUAAAGUUGGUGUAAAUAGCACCGUCUCCACCACAACAGGAAACGUAAUUUCUGUCAUAGGAAGCCCUGAAGCAGCAGGGAAGAUGGUGCCAAGUGCUAAUGGAAUAGCUAAUCUAGAAAGUGGUGUUCCCCAAUUGAUCCCUCGCUGUGCGGACACCUCCUUGAGAGCUUUGGAGAACUCCAAGAAGGGAGGGAAGACUGGAGCCAAUGGCCAGAAUGUUUCUGGAUCCCCUACAGAAUCACUACCUGAAAAUAAAAUCGGUUCUCCACCCAAGACUCCCGUAAGCCAGGCAGCAGCUACCUCAGCUGGUCCUCCUAAUAUUGGAACAGAAGUUAAUUCUGUGCCUCCAAAAUCCAGCCCGUUUGUUCCCAGGGUACCUGUCUACCCUCCACAUUCUGAUAACGUUCAGUAUUUCCAGGAUCCCAGGACUCAGCUGUCGUAUGAAGUUCCACAGUACCCGCAGACAGGAUAUUAUCCACCACCUCCAACAGUACCAGCUGGUGUGGCUCCCUGUGUUCCUCGCUUUGUGAGGUCCAAUAACGUUCCAGAAUCCUCCCUCCCACCUGCUUCCGUGCCAUAUGCCGAUCAUUACAGUACAUUUCCCCCUCGAGAUCGACUGAAUUCUCCUUACCAACCUCCUCCUCCGCAGCCGUAUGGACCAGUUCCUCCUGUCCCUUCUGGAAUGUAUGCUCCAGUUUAUGACAGCAGGCGCAUCUGGCGCCCACAGAUGUACCCACGAGAUGAUAUUAUUAGGAGCAAUUCUUUACCUCCCAUGGAUGUGAUGCACUCAUCUGUCUAUCAGACAUCGUUACGUGAGAGAUACAACUCUUUGGAUGGAUAUUACUCUGUGGCUUGUCAACCUCCAAAUGAACAGAGGACUGUGCCUUUACCAAGGGAGCCUUGUGGUCAUUUGAAGACUGGUUAUGAUGAGCAGUUAAGACGGAAGCCGGAGCAAUGGGCACAGUACCACACGCAGAAGACUCCUCUGGUAUCAUCAACCCUUCCUAUGGCAACACCAUCUCCAACACCACCUUCUCCUCUCUUCAGUGUAGAUUUCAGCACAGAGUUCUCAGAGAGUGUCAGUGAUUUGAGUGGAACUAAAUUUGAGGAAGACCAUCUCUCUCACUAUUCACCGUGGUCUUGUGGCACUAUUGGCUCUUGUAUAAAUGCUAUCGACUCAGAGCCCAAGGAUGUGAUUGCCAAUUCAAAUGCCGUGUUAAUGGAUUUGGACAGCGGGGAUGUUAAAAGGAGAGUGAAUUUAUUUGAAGCUCAGAGAAGGGCCAAGGAAGAAGAUCCUAUAAUCCCAUUUAGCGAUGGACCGAUCAUCUCCAAGUGGGGUGCAAUCUCCAGGUCAUCCCGCACGGGUUAUCACACGACAGAUCCUAUUCAGGCCACUGCUUCCCAAGGAAGUGCUACUAAGCCCAUCAGUGUAUCAGAUUAUGUCCCUUAUGUCAAUGCUGUUGACUCAAGAUGGAGUGCCUAUGGCUCAGAUUCUACUUCAUCAGCACGUUAUGUGGAACGGGACAGGUUUGUAGUUACAGAUUUGUCUGGUCACAGAAAGCAUUCCAGCACUGGAGAUCUGUUGAGUAUUGAAUUACAGCAGGCCAAAAGUAACUCGUUACUACUUCAGAGAGAGGCAAAUGCACUAGCCAUGCAACAGAAGUGGAAUUCUCUAGAUGAAGGCAGUCGUCUCACCUUAAAUCUUUUAAGCAAGGAAAUUGAUUUGAGGAAUGGUGAGGUAAAGAAAGGGACUGAUUAUACUGAAGACUGUGCAGACACAAAGCCAGAUCGGGACAUUGAAUUGGAGCUGUCAGCCCUUGAUACAGAUGAACCUGAUGGGCAAGGAGAACAAAUAGAAGAGAUUCUGGAUAUACAGCUAGGUAUUAGUUCUCAAGAUGAUCAGCUGCUCAAUGGAACUACUGUAGAGAAUGGGCAUCCACUAAAGCAGCACCAGAAAGAAUCUAUGGAACAGAAGAGACAAAGCUUAGGUGAAGACCUUGUGAUUCUGGAGGAGCAGAAAACAAUCCUGCCCGUAACUACUUGCUUCAGUCAGCCGAUCACAACAUCUGUUAGCAAGGCAAGCUGCCUGCCCAUCAGCACGUCAGUCAGUGUUGGCAGCCUCAUUUUGAAAACUGCUCACAUUAUGUCUGAGGAUAAAAAUGACUUUUUAAAGCCUGUUGCAAAUGGCAGGAUGGUUAACAGCUGAAAGGCAUUCAUCUUUCCAGCUUCUGCCCAC